GAAUCGUGUCGUGAGUUCGUUCGUGCGGUCUGUCAAUCCAAUCUGGCUGUCCUGUCUCUGUCUUGCUUGUCGGCGUUGGGUGCAACAGUGUCCUUGCCCUACCUGCCGCAUUUGUCGAAGCUUUCAAAGGUUUCCCAAAGAGACUGACCCAUUUUGUGUUUGAUUGAAUUAUUUGUGUCGUAGAUUUUUCUUGCGUGUAACCACGUGUAACUAAAACUCCAAAGGAAAACUACCAUAAAUCCAAAUCAUGAGGGAAAUCGUUCACCUUCAAGCUGGACAAUGCGGGAACCAAAUAGGAUCAAAAUUUUGGGAAAUUAUCUCAGAUGAACAUGGGAUCCAGCCUACAGGAAAGUAUGAAGGAGAUUCAGACCUUCAGUUGGAGAGGAUAAACGUCUACUACAAUGAGGCGUCCGGAGGAAAUUACGUUCCAAGAGCCAUUUUGGUGGAUUUGGAACCUGGCACAAUGGACUCUGUGAGAUCUGGUCCGUAUGGACAAAUCUUUCGUCCCGACAAUUUUGUGUUCGGUCAGAGCGGGGCUGGAAACAACUGGGCCAAGGGGCACUAUACAGAGGGAGCCGAGCUGGUAGACUCCGUGUUGGAUGUUGUCAGGAAAGAGGCAGAAGGCUGCGAUUGUCUACAAGGGUUCCAGCUGACGCAUUCUCUAGGGGGUGGUACCGGCUCCGGAAUGGGAACCCUUCUGAUUUCCAAAAUCCGAGAAGAAUAUCCUGACAGGAUUAUGAACACUUACUCUGUUGUUCCGUCACCCAAGGUUUCAGACACUGUUGUGGAGCCGUACAAUGCUACUCUCUCCGUUCACCAGCUUGUUGAGAACACUGACGAGACUUACUGUAUUGACAACGAGGCGUUGUAUGACAUCUGCUUCCGCACCCUCAAACUGUCCACGCCUACCUACGGUGACCUGAACCAUCUCGUCUCUCUGACCAUGAGUGGGGUCACUACUUGUCUCAGAUUCCCUGGUCAGUUGAAUGCAGACCUUCGUAAGCUGGCGGUCAACAUGGUACCGUUCCCCCGACUCCACUUCUUCAUGCCAGGCUUUGCACCUCUGACGGCCCGUGGCAGUGUGCAGUACAGAUCACUCACAGUUCCAGAGCUCACUCAGCAGAUGUUCGAUGCCAAAAACAUGAUGGCCGCUUGCGACCCUCGUCAUGGCAGAUACCUCACCGUGGCUGCCAUCUUCCGAGGCCGCAUGUCCAUGAAAGAGGUGGACGAACAAAUGUUAAACAUCCAAAACAAGAACUCCAGCUACUUUGUGGAAUGGAUUCCCAACAAUGUGAAAACAGCUGUGUGCGACAUUCCACCCAGAGGCUUGAAGAUGUCGGCCACGUUUAUUGGAAACUCAACGGCCAUUCAGGAGCUGUUUAAGAGGAUUUCAGAACAGUUCACGGCUAUGUUCAGACGCAAAGCUUUCCUCCAUUGGUACACGGGAGAAGGUAUGGAUGAAAUGGAGUUUACCGAGGCAGAAUCCAACAUGAACGACCUGGUGUCCGAGUAUCAACAGUAUCAGGAAGCGACAGCAGAUGAAGAAGAAUUUGACGAAGAAGAGGGUGAAGUUGAGGUCGAUGGAAACUAGUUUUAUACUCACACUAGUUUUAUUUACUAGUGUAAAUAAAACUAGUUUUAUACUCGCCAUUUAGUAAUCAUUCCGCUUAAAUAAUUUUGUGUACAUGUAUUGUAUAUUUUGUUACGUUAAUUACGCUAAAGAAAUCUAAAACUUUUU